AUGGUCAGCGAGGCGGCAAGCCCUAUGACUGGCUACGACGAAGUGCGAUUUCGCCCGGUCUUCCCCAGUCAACACGGUCCACAAUCCAAGGGUCCAAGGAGCUGGUGGCAACGCGAUACGGAAGAGCCGCCCCCAGAAAGAGAAAAAGCGCCGCCGACUUUUCCAUCGCGCCUACGGAAACCUGAACUCUCUCAAUCAUUCCUCCUCCGCCCGGCAUCGGCUGAUAGCCCUGGGAGUGCGAGCGGUAUCCUACCAGGUCCUGCUACGAGGGAACCCACAGCACAGUCUCCUUCGGAGAGCAGCACCCGUGAGUCGUCUCCCCAUGCUGGACGUGCUGGAGUGUACAACCCGGAAUGCGAUCUUGCAGACUUGUCGAAUCCUCCGCCAGCCCAAGAUCAGGAUGCUGCUCUGCCUGGAACACCGUCAACACAGAGCAAUGCUCAUCAACAUGUUGCCGACCCUUUCACAAGGCAGGAAACGAGACGCCGGCUCCUAUGGAUGAAGAAGAACCCACGAAUUUCUAUGCCAGCCACGUUAUCUGAGCACCAUCGAAAAUAUCUCGAGGAAGAAGGGGCUUUCCUGCAACUACCGCGGACGACAACGGACGCGCUUCUCCCGGUUUAUAUUACCAUGUUGAACGAUUUAAUACCUAUUGUGGAUGGAGAGAGGGUGUUUCGUGACUACAGUAACGGGAGAGCCUCCAACUAUCUGGUGAACGCCAUUUGUCUCGCGACUUGCAAAGCCAAACUAGCGCUUCCGUUUCUUCAGUUGGUAGACGAUGGACCAGUCUUGAAGCCACAGGAGUUUGCAGCAAGAUUGCUGAGGGGUCUUGAUGCAGCUCUAAAGUCUGGCCUCGAGACGGAUCGUAUCGUUAAGAUCCAGAUACUUGCCUUGAUGCAGCUCAACAACGAUGGACCAGCCGGGGCCGAACGUGCCUCGAACUAUCUUUCCCAGGCCGUCAGUCAGGCUUGGGCUUCAUAUCUCCACCUCACAGUUUCUGGCAUCGCCGAAGAGAUGGAUCGCUGGUUCUUAUGGUGGUCUUUGAGAAACUUGGACAGAUUAAACAAACCAGUCAUGGGCUCGUCACCCUUCAUGAUAGACGAUGCCGAUGUUUCGACAGAGAGGACCCCGCCAGUUCAAGGUUCUUAUCGAGCCAAUGUCAUGAACGUCUCGUUGCUUCUUGGAGAUCUAUUGGCGAGCGCCACGCGUCUCUACAAGGCCAGCUAUAAGAUCCGUGUCGAUAGCCAAGAGCAUUUUCCCUCAAUGUCGGAACUCUUGGCCGAAACUGACUUUGAACAGUUUCAUAGCUUACACAAGGCAUACCUGGAAAUUUGGUACCAUGUGGCCGCUAUGCUAUCGUGCAGAUACAGUGGGCCUGAAAGUUUUCAGUACGAACGGCGCCUCGAUUCAGCAUGUCGAACUCUGCAGAUUAUUUCAGAGGGCUACGAACGUAUCCCACCACUGCCUCUGGUGCCUUAUGCGAUAUCAAUGGCGACUGCCGUGAUAUACCGGGCCCUCCGUGACGGUAAACGAGAUUAUGCAUCAGCUUAUGGGGACCUCAAGCGUUGUUACAAGACUUUGUGUGCCUUGAGCCACAUCUGGACGAGUGCCAGGGGUGUUACGAAACUCACAAGGAGGUUGUUACGAAGGCUCUCGUGUUCGGGUGACAGCAACACGCCUUCCUAUAUCUCCCAUGAACGCGCCGGUGAUAGAUCAAGCAACGCUGUAUCUUCCACAGCUCUACCCCAAAAAGGUCCGACCACAGUUCGUCAACCCGAUGAUGCGUCUGACACUACAGUGAGAAAUGAUUUUGAGAUGGAUCCUUUCCUGUUGUCGCUUGAUACGGAUCAGGUAUGGCGUGAUGACUAUGAUACAACUGACGCUUCAGGCUCAUUGAGUCAGCUGUACGAACCAUGGAUGGACACCCCAAUGUCUUAUCCACAGUUUGACAUGGCGUUUAACGACUUUUUUGAUAAUGGACCUUUGAUCUGCUGA